CCGCGCGUCCAGCUCCCGUCCCACUCGUGUCUGUCGCCUCAACAGCACGCGCGCGCUCCUGCAGCUGCGAUCUGAAAGAGACGGAAGAGCGGUCAGAGAUCGGCAGCCGACGACGCAACGCGGAGGCAGCACACUGUCCGUCAUACUAUCCCUCUUACGCUUGGCUUCCUCCCUGCUUCCCACCGGCACGCACAUUGCAGCAGAGCAUCCUUCCUAGCUCCGCUUCCGCUGCUUAAAUACUAGCCCGUUCGUCAACCCCUACGCCAGUCCAUUCGCGCGCGUGAUCCAAGAAGAACACAAGGCAACGGGCACGCGCACAGAGACGGUGGACGGUGAAGCAUAAGGUCGAACACUCCUGGCCGGCGAGGCCUUGCUCGCUUUUGCUCUCUAGCUUCUUCUGCCCGCUUGCGCUUGGCUCUUCUCCCUGGACUGGUCAGGGGCACGCGGCUGGAUCGGAAGGGAAGGAUGGCGGCAGCAUCAGCUCGUCAGCCGUCGAGAGCAGCUCCCUCCGUUGCUAUGGCGGCCGGAGUUUUCCUGGUCCUCGCCGCCCUCCUCACAGAGAAGGCGAUUGUGGCGGACGCCCUGUCGAUCGGCGUCAACUACGGGCAGAUCGCCAACAACCUCCCUUCGCCGGGGCGGGUGUCGACGCUGCUCCGGUCGAUCAAGAUCAGCAAGGUGAAGCUCUACGACGCCGACCCGCACGUCCUGCGCGCGUUCCUCGGCACGGGCGUCGAGUUCGUGAUCGGCAUCGGCAACGAGCACGUCCCGGCCAUGGUCAGCUCCACGGUGGCGCAGGCGUGGGUGCAGCAGCACGUGGUGCCGCACCUCCACGCCGGCGCGCGCAUCACCUGCAUCACCGUCGGCAACGAGGUGUUCAAGGGCAACGACACCGUCCUGCAGACCAGCCUGCUACCCGCCAUGCACUCCGUGCACCAGGCGCUCGGCACGCUCGGCCUGCAGGGCCGCGUGAAUGUCACCACCGCGCAUUCGCUGGACAUCAUGGGCGUCUCCUACCCGCCCUCCGCCGGCGCGUUCCACCCGGGCGCCGUGUCGCACCUGCAGCCGUUCCUCAAGUUCCUGUCGGCGACGAGGGCCCCGUUCCUCAUCAACUGCUACCCGUUCUUCGCCUACAAGGACGACCCGGCGCGCGUGCCGCUGGAGUACGUCCUCUUCCAGCCCAACGCCGGCGUCACCGACCCCAACACGGGGCUCAACUACGACAACAUGCUGUACGCGCAGGUGGACGCCGUCUACUCGGCCAUCAAGGCGCUGGGGCACACGGACGUGGACGUCAAGGUGUCCGAGACCGGGUGGCCGUCCCGGGGCGACCCCGACGAGAUCGGCGCCACGCCGGAGCACGCCGGGACGUACAUCGGGAACCUGCUGAGGAGGAUAGAGAUGAAGCAGGGCACGCCGCUGCGGCCGGCGGUGCCCAUCGACGUCUACGUCUUCGCGCUCUUCAACGAGAACCUCAAGCCCGGCCCGGCGUCGGAGCGGAACUACGGGCUGUUCUACCCCGACGGCAAACCGGUCUACAACGUCGGCCUACGUGGCUACCUCCCGCCCAUGGCGGAUUCACAAGGAGCACGUCAGGCGAUUCAUUUGCUUCUACUCAUCGCCAUGGCGUCGGUCGCUUUUGCCAUGUCCUGACAGCAUCCAGCCAUCCACCGACUGCUGAGUUACGGACAGUGAAGGGUGAAGAGUAAUGGCCGUGAUUGGCCAGAGCAGUCGAAGUGCAUUGACUGCUGGAAAGAAGACAAUACGAUCAUUCUCUUUGGGCUACACAUAGAGCUGAUGUACUCCAGCAAUACCAUUCGUUGCAAUCUGGAUGUAUUCUGGUGGAGGUGUAGACCUGAUUUGUAUUAGCAAUGACAUUCAUUGCAAUCUGGA